CCUGUUUGUGUUUGGAAGGCUAACACUGGCUUCACGUCGCCACUGGACGCGGAUCCAGAUAGAUAGUAGCUGCUGUUCACCUUCAUAUUGGCCACAAAUCGCACUUAUGAGCUUGACUGAAAAUCAGAGGAGAUAAAUAGACCAGUUUCUGUUGAACGGUUUGCCUUAAAGGUCUUUUUACAGCACUGUUAGGUCCGCAUCCUUAUAAAACAGUGGUGAGGUUGCUAACAGCUGAUCGCUAGCUAGAGCUGGGGAUCAUAACAACUUCAAACAGUAUCAUCACCUCUCCACAUGCUGCUGAUGAAUGAACAGCUCAGCUCUUCUCCAUCUGAGUCAUGAUGCCUCUCAACAACCGCUGUUAAGAUCAUAACAUAGCUCCUGCUAGUCUGCUGAGUGAGUGAUGAUAAUGUGUUGAUGCCUCAAACAAGAGGAUCAGGACAGAGGGAGUGAGUUUAUUACCUUCCCUUGGUGGAUAUCUCACUGUCCUGGACAUGAUGGGCCCACGGAGGAAGGUCACCAGGACUCAUAGUUUGGGGGGAGGAACGUUUAACUCUCUCGGGCAUGAGGAACCCAAAGACUACAUCAACGAGCUCUCACAUGAGGUGCUCUGCCACAUAUUCCGAUACUUACCCAUGCAGGACAUAAUGUGUAUGGAAUGUCUUUCGCGUAAACUGCGGGAGGCGGUGACCCUGUACUUGCGGGUGGUGAAGGUGGUGGACCUUUGUGCCAGCCGGUGGUGGGAGUACAUGCCCUCAGGAUUCACAGACUCCAGUUUCCUCAUGCUGAUGAAGAAGAUGCCUGAUUUGGAGCAGCUGUAUGGUCUUCAUCCACGUUACCUAGAGAGAAGGAGGGUCAGAGGUUAUGAGGCUUUCAGUAUUCCUGGUGUUUUGGAGGCUCUACAGGCCUGUCCCAACCUUAUAGGAGUUGAGACGUCUCAUUUGGAGCUGGUGGAGGCCGUAUGGAACUACAUGCCUCAGGUUCACAUUCUAGGGAAGUUCAGGAACCGAAACGGGGCCUUUCCUAUUCCCUCAGAGAACAAACUUACCAUUCCAGCUGCAGCUAAAAUCCAGACCCUCCAUCUUGUUGGUGUCAAUGUGCCAGAGAUCCCCUGUCUGUCCAUGCUCAGACAUCUGUACUUGAAGUGGGUGCGCCUCACUAAGCCUCAGCCCUUCAAAGACUUUCUCUGUGUGAACUUGCGUACGUUCGUCAUGAGGAACUGUGCCGGUCCCACUAAUUCGCUUAAGUAUGUGCCUCUUGUCACUGGUCUGGCUUCCGCCCGCAACUUAGAGCAGCUGGAGCUGGUGAGGGUGCCCUUUUUAGGGGGACUGAUUCAGCAUGUGGUGGAGGAUAGCUGGAGAUCAGGAGGGUUUCGUAAUUUGCACACAAUUGUUUUUGGUGCCUGUAAAAAUGCACUUGAAGUGGAUCUGGGCUACCUCAUCAUUACUGCUGCUCGCAGGUUGCAUGAAGUUCGAAUCCAGCCUUCUUUAACCAAAGAUGGGGUAUUCUCCGCACUGAAGAUGGCAGAACUAGAGUUCCCUCAGUUUGAGACUUUGCACCUCGGAUAUGUUGAUGAAUUUCUGUUGCAAUGUAACAUGAGCCAUGCUGAGUUAGUGAAAUACGGUCUUGCUGAUGUGAUCGAAAAUCCAGGAAUCAUCACAGACAUUGGAAUGAAGGCUGUUAAUGAGGUGUUCACCUCCAUCAAGUAUUUGGUCAUUUAUAACUGUCCACAUCUUCACAACCCUCACAACUGGAUCACAGACCAUUCGCGCUGGAGUCGGUUGGUGGACCUCACUCUGGUGCGCUGUCAUGCUAUCAAGCUGGAGUCGUUCAGUCAGUUCAUUGAGAUGCUUCCCAGCCUGGAAUUCAUCUCUCUAGAUCAGAUGUUUCGUGAACCUCCCAAGGGCUGUGCCCGUGUGGGUCUCAGUGCGGGCACAGGUAUCGGUGUAUCAUCUGCCCUGGUCAGCAAUCAGAAUUCCAACAAUGAUAAUGACAACAAUAACAACAACAAUCACCAGAAUAAUAAUGAUGCAAACAUUCCACCAAAUAACAACAACAACCAGGUUGAUGAUGUGCCUCAGCAACACCACCGUGGCCCAGAGGAGAUUCCCGAUGUGGAGGGCAUGGUGGCAGACAACAUGGAGCCUGAGCCGGUACUUGUGGCUGUCAAUCCAGAGGAAGAAACCCAGGGUUCCAGCCAGACUACUAAUCCUUCGCUUGAACAGGAUGAGGAACAAGCAGGCCCUAGCGGAGUUCAAACUGCGGUGAAGAAGCAGUCGGUGGUGGUGUCUGACUCGGACAGUGAGGACGAGUACAGUCCAAUCAGGACACCGGCUGCCGCCCGCUCUCAAGGCCAGUACCCAGAAACAGAAGCCCAGGGGAAGAGCAGCACAGCUAUGACUCCAAAUGGUAAAGGGAAAACUCCACUGCGUAGACGUGGACCGCAGCCUCAGGAGCUGAGCUGUGAGAAAGGCUGCCAGGUAACAAGCGAGCAGAUCAAGGCUGACAUGAAAGCGGCCACUGAGACGGCUGAGCGUGGAGCCAGAGACAGAAACAGUGGAUCUGGGCCUGCUUCAGGCUACACAGCCGGCAGCUGUGUUUGCUCCAUCCGCUGGAGGGAGGACUCGGCCAAUCAGGACGACCAGGGUGGGGCGGGUAGAGGGGAAAAUGAUAUGGUGAGGACUCGUUGCACGUGCAGCCGGUCUCGUCCCGGCUCUGAAAACAGGACUCGUAGUGGCCACAGCCUACCAGCGGGGAACGAGAACCACAGACCAGAAUGUCACAGCCCAGAGCAGAGAGCAGGGGGAGAUGAGAUGGAGGAUAGGCACUCCAGCACUCCACCCAGGACACCGAGCUCAUCUGAGGGACAUAGUGAGAGGACUGCGGUCCACCAGCAAGGCUCAUCACACAGAAGCCCUUCAGAUGAGUUCCCCAGGAGACCCAUCACACGUGCCCGCAGCAGACUUUCCUCUGUGCCCCUGGUUUGUGAGUCAGAACUGCCCAAAGCAAAGCCUCGGGCUGCGGUGAAGAGAAAACGUAUGGCAGACAAGUCCACCAGCACUAGUGACCCUGUAACUGAAGACGACCAUGUGCAGGUCCUCAGCCUUAAAUCCAAAAACCUUGUGGGAAUCACACUUACAAACUGUGGCAUCACAGACCUGGUCCUUAAGGAGUGCCCCAAAAUGAUGUUUGUCCACGCGACACGCUGUAGGGUGCUAAAACACUUGUUGGUGGAAAGUGCCCCCAUAGUAAACCGCUUUGACUACGCACAAUGUAAGAAGUUGGACAUGGAGCAGGUGCUCGACCAGAUCUUACGGAUGCCCGCGGAGAGAAACCGCAUCAUCUACAUGAGACCUAUGCAGCAGAUUGAUUCUCUGGCUCUGGAGAAAAAGCUCUUCAGCGGUCCAUACCCAUACCAUAUUGCUAUUAUCCAUGAGUUCAGCAACCCACCCAAUGUUAGGAACAAGGUGCGCGUACGUAGCUGGAUGGACACCAUUGCCAACAUUAGCCAAGAACUCAUCAAGUAUGAAUUCUUUCCGGAGGCCACACGGACGGAAGAGGAUGUAAAGAAGUAUCCCAGCUAUCCCUGGGGCCGAGACAUCUACACAUUAGAGGGAGUAGUAGAUGGGGCGCCGUACUCAAUGAUCACAGAUUUCCCGUGGCUUCGCUCUUUACGCACAGCAGAGCCCAACAGUUACGCUCGAUACGACUUUGAGGAUGAUGAAAGCACUACUAUCUAUGCGCCACGGCGCAAGGGACAGCUCUCAGCCGACAUCUGCAUGGAAACGAUCGGCGAGGAGAUCUCAGAGCGACGGCAGACACGUAGGGGCGUUUUCCAGCGUGUGGUGGUCGUCUUCAUCCACUACUGUGACGUUCGGGGGGAACCGGUGGAAGACGACUACAUCUAGAAUGAUCACUGCUCGGCUGGAGGGCCUGGAGAUGCUGGAGAGAGGUGUGGAGAGCUCUUCAGCCCUCUGCCAGGCUCUGACCACCUCUGUGUGAGAACAGAGAGGCAUCUAAGACGCAGCCUCAGUGUGGAAUACCAAGGCAUUUCCAGUUGCCUUUAACUCUGAGUUGAUUUGAAACAAAGAGUAAUUGCUUUCUAUCGGCCAUUUUUUUUUUUUUUUUGUGAGUUCAUUCUAGACUAAUGAACUGAAGAGUAAUGGUGUCAACAGGCUGCUUUGCUUGUGUUCUUUACAUGAAGGAUGAAUGGCAAGCCUUCCAUGGAGCGGAAGCAAACUUACAGUAAAGAGGGAUGAUGGUGUCAGCAGAUGCUUUGUUGCUACGGUUGUGCACAUUAGAAAAGACAUGCAGAGUCAUGAAAGGUGGCUUAUGAAAUUGUUUGUUUGGUUUUUGGUGGAGAUUUUUAUUUUUUUCAAAGCCGGACAGGGUGUUUGGCCACUUGGCAUGAUUUUCCGGUGUAUCUGUACUGUUACAGGCAAUAACAUCGUUCUAGAGUUGUUUUUUGCGCCUCAUACCUUUUCAGAGACAUUUUAUUUUAUUUUAUUUUAUUUUAUUUUUUAUAAUUUCAUAUAUUAUUUUUGUUUUCCCUUUUCCCUUUCCCCUAGAGGUUGGCUCAAGUGUUUUUCACUAUUAACGGUGCUGGUGUCAGUUUAACCCAGAACCUGGUGAAGAGAUUAAAUGUUUCUUGGCCCAUGAGAGGAACGUGGCAGAAUUGGUCAAUAGAUGUACCUCGUUUUACUCCCUGUGGUCUUCUAGAGCAAAAAAAUUGUGUAAACCGAAAUGUUGAGAGUAUUUUAAGCAGACGUGAUUUUUGUCUCUUCUCCCUUUAGUUGGACCCACAUUUUUAUGUAAUUCCAGUAGAAUCGUUUUAAAUCUGAAGCACAAUGGAUAAAGUUGCCAGGCAUAUCCCUUAUUCAUCUUCAGAUGACUUGACGCACAUUCUUUUCUCACAAACUCACUCUUUUCAUAUGGUGAAGCAUCUUCAAAAAUGGCCCUGUGCCAUUAACCUGCAUUAUAACCUACACCACAGAUAACGGAGUCAGCAUUGUGUGUUUCUGGAUUGCUUCUUUUCUUUUUCUUGCCUAGUCCUUGGCACAGAUUUUAACAUUCAAAAUCGACAAAUGGAAAUAAAAUAAAAUGCACAAUUUGUCUUAACUGUCUGCUUGGUUCAGGAUAGAUUUCACCAACUUGUGUUUGUAAAGAGUAGUUAGGGAAACUAGUCUAAUUAGGAGAGCGUUGCAAGUCCAGGAGCUAUUGAUGCAUGAAAACCCCCAUCUCUUUGCUCUAUUUUCUGCUUUUCUGGGUGACCCACUCUGCCAUGUUUCAAAAGCCAAGAAACUCCAUAAAUUGAAUCUGCACCCGUGCUGAGCACUGCAGAAACUUGUGUACUAAGUUCAUGUACAGAUAUUCUGUAUUUAAAUGAUCUUCCAAGAUUUGUUUUAUAUGUUUAUAUAAAAGAAUAAAUAUUUCACUAAGA